GAUCCAUGAUGGAGUCCAGGGCUAGCUUCAGAUCACCCUCCAGCUUCCUCCUGGCUCUCUCCUGGUCCAUCCGGACCUUCUUCUCAUGCUCCAAGGAGCCUUCCAGCUACAAGAUGAGCAGAACUCUACAGCAGCGCACCAACAUCAUCGUUGCUUCAGGGUGACGGCCGUCACUCACCUCGUCAACCUGCUGCUCUAGCUUCGCUUUGGCCUUGCUGAGGAUGUUCACCUUCUGCUCCUCGGCCUGCAGGUCGUCCAGUGUGGCCUGAUGGGCUUCCUGUAGGGCUUUUUUCUCUUUGGACAAUCUGCUGAUGGCGUCAUCCUGACUCAUGAUCUCAUCCGUCAGGUUUUUCACCUUCCAUCGGAAGUGAGAACUGAAGAGUCUGGGAAAGCGUUGGUUGGAAACAUCUACUUACCUUGUUUUCCACAGCAUGUUUCUCCUUCUCAACCUUGGCCAAGGUGAGUUCCAGGUCAUCGAUGUCCCUCUUCAGCUCAGAGCACUCAUCUUCAAGCUUUCGCUUCUUGGCCGUCAGCUCGGCGUUCAUCUCCUCCUCGUCCUCCAGCCUCUCCAUCACCUCAUUCAACUUGGCCUCCAGUUGGAUCUUGCUCUUGAUGAGUCCCUCACAUCGCUCCUCAGCAUCCAACAGGUUGUCCGCCUCCUGACAAGGUGGAAGACGCUGACCUUCAGCCACGGCUCUCAUGUUCAAACGUAAAAGAUGAGCUUGAUAGCUCCUGUGAAGGCCAUUGUUGCUGUGCUAGCAAGCAUGCUAAUUGGGGAUUUAAAGUGGAUCUUUCUGAGAAGGUCCUGAAACUUACUGCCUGGACCUGGAGGAGAAGGUCGUUCCUUUCUUGAACAACAGAGACCAUUUUCUCUUCCAUCUCCUUCCGCCGGUUUUCCGACUUGGCGAGAUCUUCUUUGAGCUUGGUGAAGUCCACCUUCAUUUGGGCCAUCUCCUUCUCGGCCUCGGCGCUCUUCAGCAGAGGUUUGAGCUUAAAGUAGAGCUUCAUCCACGGCCAGUGUUUGACCUUCAUGAAGGAACGGAAGUUGUACUGGAUGGUGAAGAUGGCCUCCCUGUGUGGGAUCACAUGUUGAAGUGACGGGAGCGGCCAGUGGUUCAUACAGCAAUCAUUACUUCCUGGCCAUCAUCUUCUGGUAUUCCACCCGGAUCAGGUGCCCUCGGCACCGUGCCUGAGUGGACAUCACAAUCUGAGCCAAGCGCUCAUCCCUCAUCUCCUCCAGAGCACCCAGCAGGCCGGCUUUGAAAAACACCUGAAAGCAGCACCAAGGGGACUCAAGCAGACCUGCUGAGCAUCGCUACCUUCCAUCAUGCCCAAACCAGAAGAACCUUUGUGUGCCCAAACUUGUACUGCGUGUGGUCCACAUCGAUGGAGCCCAGAAGCUUCUCCGCAGCCUUCUUGUUGUCCAUGAACUGUCCCUCCGGGACGGCGCUGGCAUUUAGGAUCCUGUAUCUGGAGAAGCAACAGAAGUUCUCAUGGAAGCCUGACUGAGGGGAAUGUCCAUGUCAACCUUCUUCACCUCUGCUUGAAGUCUCCAUACAAGAUCCUGCUGGGGAAUCCUUUCCUGCAGAUGCGGAUGCCUUCAAGAACGCCGUUGCAGCGCAGCUGGUGGAUGACCAGGUGGUGUUCCAUAAUGCCUGUGGAGCAAUCAGUGCCAGUCCAGAGAGCACUACAUUAUGGUGAAGAUGAUGGAAUGUACCUGGAGUUUUAGUUUCAUUCGGAAUGAGGCAUCUCACAAAGUGGGGGUGCGUGGUCCUCAGGUUGGUCAUGAGCUUCCCAAGAUUCUCCUGCAAGAAAUGACCACCCGAGACUUUGCCACGUUUAGUUUUAGCAGCUGGCAACAAGGUGGUGUUUGACCUCCAUGUUUGUGUUGAGCUAAAAUGUUCCUACCCUGAACAGCGCUGACACAGUUUGGAAAGAUGCUCCCUUCUUCUUCGCCACCUUCUUGGCUCCUCCAGAAGGUGCAUCUGCAUGCAUGAACCAUGUUUCAGCUCAUGAUCUUCCACCGUUUGACGAUGAGGAAGAGCUAAUGACGACUUGCCAUCUGAGGCGGAAAAGCUGACGUAAAGCAUCGCUAGGAUCUUCACCGGCGACUUCUGGUACAGCUGCACCACGGACUCGUUCAGCGGGUCCUUGUUCUUCUCCAGCCAGCCGCUGAUGUUGUAGUCCACCGUGCCAGCGUAGUGCAUCAGAGAGAAGUGAGCUUCUGGCUUGCCUUUGACCACUUUGGGUUUCAGGAAGCAGCUGUUCUUGCCCAGAUGUUGGUCGUAGAGUUUGUUCUUGAAGGACGCGUCUGUGGAUUUUGGGAACAUACACUCCUCCUCCAGGAUGGAGAAGAUGCCCAUGGGCUGGGGAGCAAACACAUGUCACAUGGACAUCCCAGCAGAACAAAGUGAUCAUCUCACCUUCUCAAUGAGCUCGAUGCAGGCUGCCAGGUCCAUGCCGAAGUCGAUGAACUCCCAGUCGAUCCCUUCCUUCUUGUACUCUUCUUGCUCCAGCACAAACAUGUGGUGGUUGAAGAACUGCUGCAGCUUCUCGUUGGUGAAGUUGAUGCACAGCUGCUCCAUGCUGUUGAACUGUGGAAAACGUGGUCCCACAAGGUCAUGGUCUGAACCAGACCACGACCACGGGACGGGUCACUGUUUGACGUGGAAUGGAGCAGAUCACUCACGUCGAAGAUUUCAAAGCCGGCGAUGUCGAGAACGCCGAUGAAGUGCUGCCUGGGCUGCUUGGUGUCCAGCUGCUGGUUGAUGCGCUGCACCAUCCACAGGAACAUCUUCUCGUAGACGGACUUGGCCAGCGCUCCGAUGGAGUUGUACACCUGCAGGGAUGGAGAAGGUUGGAGAAGUGGUCAUCAUUCAGUCCCAUCAAAAGCAGGCCACGUUUCCUCCUCCACGCGUGAACUAACGUCGUUGGCAGCCAUGACACGUCGCCGGCCUACCUGCUGCACGUUUUGUCCUUUGGUGACGUACUCGUUGCCCACCUUCACACGGGGGUAGCAGAGGUUCUUCAGCAGGUCAGCAGAGUUCAGACCCAUCAGAUAAGCUGCUUUGUCGGCCUCUGCAGAUACGAGAUCAACCGUGAGUCAAAGUCCCUCAUUGGCAUGAGAACCGCCAGUGCAACGUGGAAUGGACCAAUCACGUGACCUUCAGUGCCGUCAGGCUCCGCCUGCUCCUCCCGCUGCUUCUGCUUGAACUUCAUGUUCCCAUAAUGCAUCACGGCACCCGUCAGCUUGUAGAUGGACAUCUUUUCUUCGGCGGUGAAGCCCAGAAUGUCAAAGGCCUCCUGCAGCACAAACGAGAUGUUCCUCAGUGGUCCAUUGUUCCUCUGCUAGAAGAUGACUCGUGACGCCGCUCACAUCGGUCGCCAUCAGCUCCUCGGCGUCGUCGAUGCUUUUGACGCUGAUCUCGCCGUGGCUGAUGUAGGCGAAGUCGUAGGGGUUGGUGGUGAUGAGGAGCAGGUCUGCAGGCCAGCAGGAUGAAAUGUUUGACGGAGCAGACGUUGAGAUGAUUGGCUGGUUUUACCAAUGAGUUCUGGCUUCUUGUUGCAGGUCAGCUGAUAGAAGAUGUGAUAGCUCCUCUCCGCCCCCAGCUGGAAGGACACUCUGCACUUCUCCAGCAGAUCUGUCACCAGGGAGGUGAAGCACGCUUUGAUGUUUUGCUGGAUGUGAUUCAGCUCGUUAGGAAUAAGCGUUGAUGUCAACUUACAUGUUUCGAUGUCAGCUGACGCCAGUUUUCCCGUCGCACCAAAGUGAAUGCGGAUAAAUUUCCCCUGUUUGGGAGGAAGCCACUAAGUGCGGACCUGGGACAACCUGACUGGGUGCGUCUUCGUCUGAAGCAAGAGACUCACGAAGCGAGAGGAGUUGUCAUUCCUCACAGUUUUGGCAUUCCCGAACGCUUCCAGCAGGGGGUUGGCCUGGAUGAUCUGGUCCUCCAGCGUUCCCUGUGGACAAAGUGGUCAAGCGGACGCCUCGUCCUCCACGGCUCGCCGUCUACAACUCACCUUUAUUUUGCUGCUGUUCUCCUUCUUCUUGUCGGCAGACACGGCGAUGGUGGCGAAGUACUGAAUGACCCGCUUGGUGUUCACCGUCUUUCCCGCGCCGGACUCUCCACUGCAGAUGAUCAGAUCCUCAGCUGGUGUCACUCCUCCGCCAAUCCACAGAGCAAGGUGGUCUACUUACGUGAUGAGGAUGGACUGAUUCUCACGAUCUAACGGAGAAGACGCAAGACAUCACGUGACCCGAGCCACAGACCCCAGGGUGUCUUUGGGGCGCCCACUUACCCGUCAGCAUAAACUGGUAAGCGUUGUCGGACAGAGCGAAGAUGUGAGGAGGAACCUCCAUCCUCUUCUUGCCCCGGUAGGCCUGGACCACCUCUGGGUUGUAGACCGGCAGCCAUUUGUAAGGAUUGACCGUCACACAGAAGAGACCAGAGUACGUCUGCACGCCAAAAGGACACCUCAGGUCGAGACUGGUUGGUUAACUUGGCUUGGACGGAGGAUUUAAAGGGAAACUUCACUAGCAUGAGGCAGCUAAUGGUACAGUAUUAUGGUUAUGAGCGAACGGGAACAUUCCUAACGUCAUUUCCUCUAAGCUUCCCUCCCGGGUGCAGUGAUGUCAUCGAAUCCUUUUUACUUUCUUACUAACACGCCAGGCAGAGAAUAACAUCACUGGUUGCUAGGCAACUCCAGCUGUGGUGAAAUGCUAAGCCGGUCUCUUAGUGUUAGCAUGUAGCACUAGCGCGGCAUGUUUCAAGGAGGAAAUAAGACCUCCGCUCCGUCUGGGAUGGCUGUGUCUGCCAGCACAAGAGUGGUGGUAUCUCCAUCAUGGUCCUCGGGCAACCAUGCUGACAUCAGACCAGCAUCUAGUCCAGGAGCUAAGGUUCCCUCUCUGUGGUGGUCUGAGUCACUACGCCAGCAAAGUAGCAUUUCCUGUGUUGGCUCCUACAGUAGCUUGUUUGAUAUGCGGUCGCGUGAUGGAGCGUACAUGUGGAGGGCGUUACAGCUGAGAUGGUGGAUCCCAUCACGCGUGUCUUUUAGAAUACACAAGACUUCAGUGUUUUUCAUAUAAGAAUUGUAGCGCUAAAGUGUACUUUUCUUUUAAGGGCGACUGAUGUUUGAACCCCUCUCCGUGAGUAAAAGCCCUCUUGGACCUACAUAGAUCAUCCAGGCGGCGUAGCGCUCCUUCAGGUUGAAGAGCACCGCGGGCUCGUGGAGGUGGGUCAUCAUGGCCAUGUCCUCGAUCUUAUCAAACUUUGGUGGGUUCAUAGGAAACACUUGGUUCUCCCUCACCGUCAGCGUCUGUGGACAAAGACCACCUCAGAAGACAACCGGACCGAGCGGACACAUGAGUAGAAGACCUGUCCUGUGUCCACACACUCUGUCAUCUUCUGUCUUCACCACGACCUUGUCUUCUGCCCGGUCCUGCACGGUGGCCUUGACGUACAGCUCUUUGUCCUCGCUGACAAAGCACGCCGUUUUGCUGUCGAAGGGGCGGGACUGCGCCUCCGUCCUCUCCUGCUCGGACUUGCGGAGGUACGGGGCGGCCGCCCCGAAGAUCGCCAUCUCGCCAUCGGUGCUCAUGGUUGCCUGCUGAGAGGGAAGAGACAAGCGGAGCAGAGCGUCUACCUGGACAAACAGGAAGUCGGUGUGCACCGUGAGGAUGGAGGUGUGGUCACCAACAUCACGUCGCCCCCGCAUGCUCUUUUAUACCUCGCCAUUGUCCUUGCUGGGGAGGGCGGCGUGCCCUACCAGCACAUGUCGGCUUUAGGGUCCGGAAGCUUCUGCCUCUCCUGGAUGAGGAUGGAUCAGACUCGUGGUUAAAUUUAGACACGUCACAUUCUUCCUCUCGUCUGGUGGAAAGCAUUGAUCUGCUCCGUAUUCCUCCCAGGAUCUUCACGAGGACUUUCCUGGAGUAAUACACGUGAAGAAUACCCGAGUAUUGCACCUCCGACUUGUUUAUCCAAGCUUUUCCCUGAUUAGCCAGGAGCAGGGAGGUCUCACUCCAGCUGUUUUUUCAUGGAUCAGGCAAACAGCUGAGGAGCAUUUGAAGAGGAUGGAAGAUGUUCUUGUCGGGAUUAGUGACGGCAGCUGCCCGGGAAACAAAGGCCAUCAAAUCCCGAGUGGAUCCAGGAGGCGACGCUCCAAAGUCAACACCGCUUUGUUGGAGCCGGCGCCAUGACACCGUGCAACGUUACCUUUGACCCCUAGCGUUGCCUCUUUGGCAUCACAGCGUCUUGUCUUCUCUGGAGGUCACAUCUUCUUCUGGACUGUAGCAGGCAUUAGCUGGAGAUGUGCUAGCUGGCAUGCUACAGCUAUUAGCUGUAGCAUUUUCUGCAUUUAAACUAUAAUUAGUGUCUAUAAAGUUUUUGGGGUCUGGAACAGAUUUGAACAUGAUUUUCUUGGGGAACAUUUGCUUUGGUUAGAGUAGGUUUUGGUUUGUGUGGGACCUUGUGGAAUGUUAACCAAGGCAUCACUGCAGACGUGUGUGUGUGUGUGUGUGUGUGUGUGUGUGUGUGUUUUUGUCGUCCGUGUUUAUGACAGAAGGCAGCUGCCAGGAUGUCCACACCAAACGAUGGGAGGAGCUACAGGCCACCUGAGGGACCAAGGCACCAUGUGAGCCGGGGAGGGAUGUGUAGAACCCCGCCUCCUCCUACCUGCCCCCCCCCUUCGCCACAACCGGCAUUCAUCUCUUCCUUCUGACAAGUCCGCGGCGUAACCUGAGGCAACACUUUGUCACGCUGCCACUGAGACCCCGCCCCCCUUUACCUCCACGCCGCCAAACAACCCCCCUCCCCCCACCUCGUCUCUGCUCGCCCCCCAGCCUGGUGUGAGUGAGCGAGGCAGCGUGGGCUGAGGCAGAGGAGAAGCAGGCAGGAGCAGCAUGGAGGGCAGCUUUGACACCGAGGAGAGUUUUGACGACCCCUCCUGUCUCGCCCCCCAGCCGCCCGGCUCCGUGUCGCCCGCCAGGAGGCGCGUCAACGAGGUGAAGGAGACCAAGACCACGAUCAACGGUGUCACGUUCCCGCUUCCUGGCGAAGGACCCGAGCAGCAGCUGCUCAAGCCCAACGAAUGGAGCUACUGCGAUUACUUCUGGACGGACAAGAAGGACCCUCAGGGGGCAACGUCCGUGGCAGGCUUUGAGGUUCUCCUGCAGAAACAGCUGAAGGGCAAACAGAUGCAGAAGGAGAUGGCCGAGUUCGUCCACGAGAGGAUAAAAAUCGAGGAGGAGUACGCCAAGAACCUGUCCAAACUGUCCCUCAGCACGCUGGCGGCGCAGGAAGAAGGGACUUUGGGAGAAGCUUGGACUCAGCUCAAGAAGAGUCUCCAUGACGAAGCAGAAGUUCACCUCAAGUUCUCCAACAAGCUUCACUCUGAGGUGGAAAAACCUUUGCUGACUUUCCGGGGCGACAACUUCAAGAAGGACCUGAAGAAGUACGACCAUCACAUCGCCGACCUCAGGAAGCAGCUAGCUAGCCGCUACGCUGGCGUGGACAAGGCUCGCAGAGCUCUGGCUGACCGACAGAAAGAUCUGGAAGUGAAGACCCAGCAGCUGGAGAUCAAACUGAGCAACAAGACAGAAGAAGACAUCAAGAAGGCUCGCAGGAAAUCCACACAGGCAGGAGAUGACCUGAUGCGUUGUAUUGACCUUUACAACCAGACGCAGUCCAAGUGGUUUGAGGAGAUGGUCACCACCAGCAUGGAACUGGAGAAACUGGAGGUGGAACGCAUCGAGUGGAUCCAGCAACAUCUACGCCAGUACACCACCCUCAGACACGAGACGGACAUGUUCAACCAGGGCACGGUGGAGCCGGUGGACCGGCUGCUGCAGACGGUGGACCCGGCCAAGGACCGAGAGCUUUGGGUCAAGGAGAACAAGACGGGCGACGUGCGGCCCGUGGACUUGGACAUCUGAGUGCACGUGAGCAUGGCGGCUAACACUGAUCCACAGACAGCGCAUGAGGGGAGGAAGUGGUCUUGGGACCUGGACCUGGACCAGCAUGUUCCAUGUACAUCCGCUUGAAUGCCAUCAGACAUGUUGUGCUGUUGUGACGUCGCCAGUGUUUCUCCUUUGUAUGAACAAAUCUUGUCUCUUUUGGAUAUGAAGAGGAACCGUGAGAACAUUUUCUUCUGGGCUGAACCGCAUGCUUCGUUGUGGACGCGUCCCUCAACUGCAGUAACCUCAACCACAAGGCUUGGAACGGGAUCAGUGUGCAGGGAAAACACCGGAACACCUUUGAGUGCCUAAAGUGUUCUUGAUCUGUUCUCCAACCUUUUGUCUUCUUUUGCAUCCUGUCAGCCGUGACGGCACGGUGGCCCCCCCUGCUGGUGUUGUCUGUGACUGCAUGUACGUGUGUCUCCACCGUUCGUGGCGUUCGUCUUCUUUUGUCGGGAUGUUCUAGGAGAGCUGGUUGUUCAAUCCGUGUUGUGUUCUCAAUGUGACAUGUUCCGUUGACCGCGCUCUCUGCUGCCCCCCCCGUGGUGACCCUUUGCCAUGACAAGCUUUCAUCCACCCCUGGAAUGCCGCGUCCGUAAUAAAGCUCCUCUUGGAAAAGUCA